AACAAUCAUGGCAUGAUAUUGUGUCGAAGCUUGUAACAAUAUAAUAAGUACCUGAGUGAUCUGUCUCCUGAGCAGAUGUUGCUGGUUGAUUAUCUAUUCUACAAUGAGUUUGAUGAUCUUUCAAUCAUGUCAUUGGAUAUAUAUUCUGAAGAUAUAAAGAUGAGAAAUCAUAUUAUGCAAAGUGAACUACAAAAUGAUCUCAUUGUGGAUUUUGAGAAUCCUCAUAGCAACUACGCGGUUCAGUUGUACAAGUUCGACUUUAUUAGCAUGCCUCGUCAAGGUUGGCUCACUAGUGGAGUUAUUGAUGGAUGCGCAUGCAUGUUUAAUAGGCAAGAAGAGGAAUCACCUUCUGCAACGAGGAGAUUCUGGUUUAAUAUUAUGCCUUUUAACUAUAUCAAUUGGAUGUGUGCUGAGAAGGUAAGAAAGGUUAAGAUUGAUAGUGAAAUUGCUGAAAAUGAGAUUAUUUUGAAGAAGCUGAAGGGCACUAGUGAGUAUGAUGAGAAGUUGAAAGAAUGGGAAGAGAAGAAGAAAAAGUUGGUUACAAAAGAUGAUGAAUUAUACUACAAUAAAUGUAAGGAAGCUAUUUCUUCAUGGGUGAAAUCAUUUCCAAGAAAUGAUAUUCGAGAAGCUGAACUGAUUUUUGUUCUUGUUCACAAGGAUGAUCAUUAUACUGUCUUGGUGCUGAACAAGAAAGCUAAAAGGAUUGAAAAUAUUGACAAUCGUACAGACAUGAAGGAUAUUGAUAGAUAUAUACUUUUGUCGUGCUUUUGAUUCUUUUAUGCAAGGUAAUAUAAGAUGUCGUGAUUUUGAUCAUCUCCAACAUUGGCAAACAGUGACUCUUUAUUUCCCUUGGAGAAGCAAGGACAACAAUUAUGAUUGUGGUGUCUAUGCAAUCAAAUGCAUGGAGUUGUAUGAUGGUCAAAAUGCUAACCAUUUUCCACUUGUUGACCUGAAAAGGGCAGCCACCAAAAACCUUGAGCGGUGCAGGCUUGCACUUCGUCUUGUGGAGCAUCCUUUAAACAAACUGAGAGACAAAGUGAAGCAUGACUGUUAUGUUUGGUCAACAAACAAGCCUCAACUUAUGGAAAGACAGAAUUUAAGGAAGGAUAAAGAGGUUGUUCUAGAUAAAUUAGCAUUUAAUCGAUCAAAGAGGACAAAUAGAAAAGAAGCACGAGUUUUACAACGAAGGAGGGAGCACGAGGCGGCAGUCGAAGAGGUGUUGAAUAAUAAAUUUGAAGACAAAAUCAAAUUAGAGCAACUGUUGAAUUUUCGUUAUUCUUAGUUGCCAAACUGCCUUUUAUUUUUAUUUUUUUAUUGUAAUAUACAGUAGAAAUAGCACACCAUUAAAUUUUGUAAUGUACAAUAGAAAUAGCACACAACUCAUUUGAUAUUUUUUAUCUUU